UGGUAUUUAAAUGAACAUGUGUGUUUGACAACUGACCAAGUAUUUAUUUAUUUACAAUUGUUUAAAACAAAUGUCAUCGAACAGUAAAUAACAAUAAUUGUAAUUUAUAAAUUUAAAGUUUAAAAAAAAGACUAAAUGCAAUGGCACACAGAGCUCUUAUGGGUUUGAGAAAUAAUUUAAUUCGUAAUAAUAUGCAAAACAUUGAACAACGUUUCAAAUAUCUUUUAAUUCUUGAUUUUGAAGCAACGUGUGAAAAAUUUAUUAAAAUAAAUCCUCAAGAAAUUAUAGAAUUUCCAUGUGUUGCAAUAUCAACUCAAGAUUGGCAAAUAAAAGAUGUUUUUCAUGAAUAUGUGAAACCACGAUUUCGUCCUAACCUAACACCAUUUUGCUCUGAACUCACUGGAAUUGUACAAGAAAUGAUUGACGAUAAAGCAUAUUUUCCAGAAAUUAUGAAACAAUUUAUAACAUGGAUUGAAAGGGGUAAAUAUUUUGAGGAUAUAAAUAAAAGUGCAUUUGUCACGUGCGGUGAUUGGGAUUUAAAAACAAUGUUACCAUCACAAUGUGAAACUGAAGAAUUAAUUGUUCCUAAUUAUUGCUUUGAAUGGAUUAAUUUGAAAAAAAUUUUUUGUGAUGUCAUAAAAGUUUAUCCUCAUGGAAUUAUUGAUAUGCUUGCACGACUUAAUAUUCCACAAAUUGGACGACUUCAUUCAGGAAUUGAUGAUGUAAAAAAUAUGAUUAAUAUAAUUGAAAGUUUGGGUAGAAAUUAUAAUACAAAAUUUGACAUUACUUCAGGAAUACAUCAUAAAAAUUUUCCCAUUUAUCAAGAUAAAAUACAAAACAAUACAAAAAGACAAGUAAACAACACAAAAGAAUACCGGUUUAAGAAGCAGGGAUGGAUCACUAAAAUGGCUGAGAUAUAAAAGGUGAAAUCACAUGAAAUCUUAUGAAAAGGCGCCUUUAUAAUGUUUAAC